CAAGAUGUCUGCGCCCAUGAUAACACAGUUUUUCCCACCUCUCAAAAAUGACCUUAUCUUGAGAGCAGCUAGAGGUGAGAAGGUUGAGCGGGUACCAGUAUGGUUGAUGAGACAAGCUGGACGCUACCUUCCAGAGUACAAUGCUUACAAGAAGGAACACUCUGCUAAUUUCUUCAAAACAGUUCAGACACCAAGCAUGGCCUGUGAGAUAACAUUACAGCCGUUACGCAGGUUUGAUUUGGAUGCUGCUAUCAUAUUUUCUGACAUCCUUGUUAUCCCUCAAGCACUGGGUAUGGAAGUGGACAUCGUGGAAGGAAAGGGAGUGGUGUUUGAUUUCCUAUUGAAUACUCCUGCUGACCUGGAAAGACUCAACACUGGCGUGGACGUUGCAAAGGAGUUACACUAUGUGAUGGAUGCAAUCACUCUCACACGCCAUCAGAUAGACGGCAAGUGUCCCCUGUUUGGCUUCAGUGGAGCACCGUGGACCCUCAUGAAAUUUAUGAUUGAUGGUGGUUCCCAUUCACCUCUACCAAAGGCGAGGAAGUGGCUAAUGAAAUAUCCCAAGGAAAGUCACAAUCUUCUGUCACUCCUUACCUCCAAAGUCAUUGAUUACCUUGUCGCACAGAUCAGGGCUGGUGCACAGAUAGUGCAAGUUUUUGAUUCCUGUGCUGGAGAGCUCGGACCAAUCCAGUUCAACAAAUUCAGUUUACCAUAUCUGAAAGAUAUUGCAUAUGGUGUAAAGGAAAUUCUUUCACAGGAAAAGAUUGAACAUGUUCCCAUGGUCGUUUUUGCCAAGGAUGCCCAUUUUGCCUUGGAAGAGCUUUCAAAAAUAGGAUAUGAAGUUGUCUCCCUUGACUGGACACAGAAACCAUUACAUGCAAGGCGUUUGUUAGGUGCAAAAGUGACAGCCCAAGGAAAUUUAGACCCAACUCUCUUGUAUGCUCCUCAGGAUGAGUUGAAGUUGGCUGUCAAAGAUAUGUUAGAGAAAUUUGGUACCAAGAGAUACAUUGCCAAUCUAGGACAUGGGAUACAUAAGGACACUGACCCUGAGAAUGUACAGGUGUUUAUCGAUGCUGUGCAUUCUUACUCUGAAGACAUGAUUGCUAGGGAAUAGUGGAAUGAUAGUGUUCUGUAAUGUGUUCACAAUACUCUGUGAUAGGCCAACCUGUCCUUGUUGGUAAAAAAGAUUAUUUAAUUUGUUUGGGUUAUGUCCAAACUUUGUAUAGUCAACACAAGAAAUCACAAGUAGAUUAUUUAAAUUUGAAAAAAACUUAAAAAAAAAUGUUUCAAAAUGAGCAAGGUCCAAGAUGAAUGUGAAUAGUAUGUGAAAUCCUGAAUAAAAAUUUUGACAAAAAUAUUGAAAGCUAGUCAGUUAAUUCCAGACAGAUCCUUUCAUUAGGGAAAUUAGAGAGAGUGAUGAGAAAGUAAUAUUUGUUGACUUAUUUGAGAAAUGAUAAAGUGUGUGAAUGUAUAUUUUAUACUGUGUAAUAUGAUAUACAAAAUGUUUCAGACUAUUAUUGUAAGGCUAUGUAAUAUGAGAAUGUCUCUUUCUUGUGCCAUACAUUAUAAAAGACAAUAUUACAGCAGAUUUGUGGUUAUUUGCAAUUGCAAAGUUCAGAGAAAUGGAAGAAGAACACACUUACUUGGGUGAGUAAUUUCAGAGUCGGGCAGUAAAACACUAGUUAAUAAACAAGUUGUAUUAUUAUUAUCAAUGUCUUUAUUAAUUCUUCCUGAAAAUCAUUCUUUACUAUUAUGGAGAGAAGGGACAUAACUCUUUUUUGGUAUUGUGAUUCUAGAUUGUAUCUAGACUGUCACUAUAAAUUCUGUUUUGUAAUAGAUUUCUUUUGUUUUGUCAACAUUCAAAAUAUUUUGCCAUUGUGAAAAAGAACAUUUGUGUGGUGUCUCAUGUCUUUUUUAUCAUUAUCUCCUUUUUGGGAAAUUUUUUUUGCAAGAAUAUGUUCUUUAUUGUUAACUUCAUUGGGAUGGGUUUUACUCAAAUAUAAACUCACAAGAAUAAAUGUCGAGAAAAAACAAAAUCAGAUUUGCUUUUAGUGAAAUAAAUUUUCCAGAUUAAAAUUGGUUUAAUACUCUUUGUUGAUACAGAGUGCAAACCCUGAACAUGGUUUGUCAGUAAAGUUAUUAGCUCGUGGCGACAUGGUUUGUUAGCAAAGUUACUAGUCCAUGGCUAAGUGGUUAGUGAAGUUAAUACAUAUUUAGGAUAUACCCAUGUGGUUUGUUAGUUACUGGUGUUUCGUGUGUCUGUGAGAGAGAAAGCUGAAUUCUGGAGAUAUAUUAGGUGCCUGGGUUACUGAUAUACAUAGAUCUGAAUUCUGGAUUUGAUAGAUGGAUGUUGAUUGUUUUAUGGUACAUGUAGAUGAGAAAAUUCACAUAUUGUUAUAGUUGAAUUCUGAACAUUAUGUAUUCUUAUUUGUGUCGAAGCUAUAUAUGAUUUUGAUUUUGAUCAGUUGAGAUCUCCUUAUUUUUGCUAAAAACAUGAAAAUAUAUGAUACCUUAAAAAUGCUGCAUUAUUUUCAUUACCUCAAGGUGUGCAGGGAACAGCAAUAAGGAUAUAAGAACCAAGAAAAAGUCAUUCUCACCUCACCGACAAUAAACAAACACUACUAGUAGUUUUGGCGAUCUAUUGUUGACAAGUUUGUUUCAUCAGAAUGUGAUGAAGUCUUUACAGGUGAAGCCAGACAACAACAAAAUAUUUAUGGCAACUUCAUUACUGUCUGUAUAUUGUUAAUGAUUGAAUUAUUGAUAAAACAUCACUGAUGUUUAUUGAUUCUAACAUCCCUCCAUUGUAGAUAAGGAUGUUUAUUGAUUCUAACUGUACCUCCAUUGUAGAUAAGGAUGUUUAUUGAUUCUAACUGUACCUCUAUUGUAGAUAAGGAUGUUUAUAAUCAGAUUUUUUUUAUCAUUCACUGUGUUUAAUAUGAAUUGCAACUUUUGAAACAAAAUGAAUGAUUAACAUUUUAGUAUUCUGUCAAAAUACUAGAAAUGUUUAUAAGCCAAGUAAGCCAUCUGAUAAAGAGCUGCUUUGUGUAACAGCCCUGAUGCUUACUAGUGAUGUGAUU